CCCAUUCCCCUAUAUCAGAUAAGGGCAGUUUUCAUGAUAGAGUGAAAAAAAAUUCCCCUAUAUUAGAUGACAAGGUGCAAGAAAAUGUGGAUGAUUGUGAAAUUGUUCCUCCACCUACUGAUAAGGGUGGCGUAUGUGAGUUAGCAGUGAAUACCAUCACCAACAUAGUUGCUUUUGGUACCGUAUUCGAUGAUGUGGAUAUUAAUAAGAUGAUACAUGGAGCUGCAUUGAAGGAGGGAUGCGUUAGAGUGUCAGUGGAUGGUGAGAUUCAAGGUGAUGCACCACUUCCUUUCCCUAUAGCGGGUGAGAUGGAAUUGGUUCGAGAAGCCAUUGGAAGUCACAUGGCUUGGCCUGAGGAGCUUGUAAUUCGGAGACAGCCAUCAAAGAAAAAGAUAAGGAAGAAUGAUUUUGUCAAAUCAUUGUUCAAUAAAGCUGAGGUCAACCCGUUUGUGCCCAAGCGCUGCAAGCUAUUGUACAAACAUGCCACAACAAUCAUGAAACAUACUAGUGAGGCAAUAACCACAGUAUUGGACGAUAAAGUCUUUGGCGUACACAAAGAACUCUUCAUCUUGACAGAGAAUGUGAUUGAUCUGUUAGAAAUGCAGAAGAUUGGCCAAGGAGUGAUAGCAGCAUACAUGGCCCACCUACAUGAAGUUGUUACUGAAAGAGAAGAGUUUGAUAAUUUUGCCUUUAUUGAUCCGGCUGCUACAUAUAACUGUGAGAGAUCUGAUUUUGGUUCCUAUUUAGUGAACCGGUUGAAAGAGGGCAAGACUGAUCGCAUAUUCUUUAUGCCCUACAAUCCAGGGGAACAUUGGAUAUUGACAAUCAUAUGGGAGGAUGAUAUCUACAUGUUGGACCCUUUGGGGAAAUCAGUCCAUUACCAAGCAUGGGAGAACUCGGUGAUAAAUGCGGUUAAAAGUUUCAAUGCUGAAACGGGUAGGGCUAACAAGGUGCCGAAACUGAAACUACUUCCGGGCGUACCUAAACAACCGGGUGGAAUUGAAUGUGGCUAUUAUGUAAUGAGAUAUAUGAAGGAGAUUAUAAAUGAUGACACAUUUUCGUUUCCGACUAAGUGGGCAGCAAAGACUCGGAAAGGCUACACCCAACAGCAACUUGACGAGGUGCGCAUUGAGGUGGCUGACUAUUUGCAGACUUUGCUUUAGAUGUUGACUAGCAAAGUGAUUUUGAGUAAGGCUAGCUAGAUUUUUUGUGAACUAUUUUGGAGUAGUUGUACUAUUGCAGCAAAUGUGAACAAAACUACAUGUACACUUAUUGCAAUGGUAUGUUUUAGGCUAGCCUUGAAGUAGGUUGGGGUAUUUUUGCCUAUUUUUUGAACUAUUAACAUCUUUGAUGUUGG